UAUUUUUUAUUUUUUUGAAUUUCGUUUCAAAAAAAAACAGAGCGGUCCUUUAGCAAUAUACCUAUCACAAUUAUAAUAAAACUCAAAAUCUUUUCUUUCAUAUUUAAACCUUCAAUUCCUUAACCAAAUAAACCCUAGCCUCAGAUUUCACUUAUUUACUGAAUUUGUUGAAGCUCAGGCAAGUUUUACCAGUUUAUCUGUCUGCAUUGUUUUCAGAAUGGAUAAUAGUGAUGUAGAGAUGGUGGAGGAUGUUGUAAAGACGGUCCCUGCUAGUGAUGGCCAAGUGUCCAAUGAGUCACCAGUCAAGUACGAAAACAGUGUCAAGACAGAAGACCCAAAUAGCAACAGUAAGAGUGGGGCUAAGAGCUGUAUAAAUGGAGUUAAAGAGCAAAAGAAUUCUAGUAUAGUGGAAAACGAAUGCAAUGCUGAUGACAGGCCAGAGGAUCAAAGUGAUUCAAAUGGAAGUGAGAUAGAGGACCAGCUCAACUCUAGGAGUCAGCCAGAGGCACAUGGCAAUGUAGUCGAUGAUGACAAAAACAGUACAAAAAUUGACUCACAAGGCCCAGACAAUGCUAAAGGUGAUGCAGAUGACAAUAUUACGCAGAGAUCAGAAGAACAAAAUCAGAACAAGAAUGAAAAUGGAGAAGGGGAACUUGAAGGAACUGUGGUGCUGCAGAACAAAGAACCUACUACUGAUGCUAGUGAUAAUGUACAAAUGCCUGAUGAUGAAGUACAUAAAAUUGAUAAAGGAGAAGUGAAGGAAGAUCAUCAGAGUGAAAAAAUAAUCUACGAGGUCAAUCAGAAUGGGAUUGAUAUGAUGGUUGAUAAAAAGAAGGACCAUCAAAUUAAAACAAAUCCUGCAACUCUUAUCACUGAUGGUGAUGCUAGGUCAGAUGAGUUACCAAAAGCGGAAAAUGAAGUUAGUGAUACUUCUAUUGGAAAAACGCCAGAACCAGCUACUCCAAAGUUUCUGGGUAAACCAUCCAAGAAUAUUUCUACAGAAACAAAGAUGGCUGAUGAUGAGGAUGAAUAUGAGGAUGGGGAUGAUGAAGGGUCCCCUGAGGAUCAAGCUGCGUUUAUAAGAAAACUUGAAAGCUUUUAUCGGGAGAGGGCGAUGGAAUUUAAACCACCUAAGUUUUAUGGCCGUCCACUUAAUUGCCUAAAGUUAUGGAGAUCUGUGAUCAGAUUGGGUGGCUAUGACCGGGUAACUGGAUCCAAGUUGUGGCGGCAAGUGGGAGAGUCAUUUAAUCCCCCCAAGACUUGCACUACCGUGUCUUUUACAUUCCGCAUUUUCUAUGAAAAGGCACUUUUAGAAUAUGAAAGGCAUAAGACACAAAACGGCGAGCUUCAACUUCCUAUUCCUCCUCCUGAUUCAUUGGUGGUUGACAAUGAGGGAAGUGGUUACCAAGCUUCCCCAUCAGGAAGGGCACGAAGAGAUUCUGCUGCUCGAGCUAUGCAAGGAUGGCAUGAACAGCGCCGCCUUGGUUAUCGUGAGGUUGGUGAGCCAAUUGUAAAGAAUACCAACAAUAUGCCAAAGCGUGAGAAGAACCUCAAAAACAUUGGUUCUCUUAAACACAAGAGACAAUAUGAAGUGGAACACUCUGUGAAGGCGACACGAACUGAAACAUCUAAGCAGUUGGUUACAACAGUUGUUGAUGUUGGACCCCCUGCUGAUUGGGUGAAAAUCAAUAUUCGUGAAACAAAAGAUUGCUUUGAGGUGUAUGCACUGGUGCCUGGGCUUUUGCGAGAGGAGGUACGCGUUCAAUCUGAUCCAGCUGGUCGCCUGGUCAUUACUGGUCAGCCGGAGCAUGUUGACAAUCCUUGGGGUAUUACAGCCUUCAAGAAGGUUGUCAGCUUACCUGCUAGAAUCGAUCCGCUUCAGACUUCUGCUGUUGUAAGCCUUCAUGGGCGUCUAUUUGUUCGUGUACCCUUUGCACGAUAAAUAUCUGAGUUGACAAAGCAGGAGCAUUGGUAGUUGACAA